AUGGGAUGCAUUUUAAGGAUUGGGAUAAACUGUGUCUUCCCCAAUCCUGUGGAGGGUUGGGUUUUUCAGAAACCUAAGGAAAUGAAUCAGGCUUAUCUGGCUAAGUGGGGGUGGAACCUGUUAACUGGGAGUCAAUCUCUUUGCUGCAGGAUAUUGGAAGCAAAGUACCUGAAAGGAAAAGAUUACCUUAUCUGCAACCAAAGAUAUUUUGAGAAAAGGGCGUGUAAAAUAAUCGCGGAUGGAAAUGAUAAGAGAAUUUGGGAGAAUCCCUGGAUCUCCCAUGGCAAGGAGUUCUAUCCUAAGGCGAAUGAUGCUAGAGUUACGGGUUAUAACAGAGUGGUUAAUCUCCUUACAAAUUAUGGGGAUUGGGAUAUUCGAAAAUUGAAUUAUCCUUUUGAUAAAGAAUCUGUUUCAGCCAUCCUGAAAGGAGGUAGACCCUCUGGUCAGGGUAUGGAUAGGUGGAUUUGGACGAAGGAGAGUAAUGGACGUUUCUUGUGUAAAUCAGCUUAUCUCAUCCAAGCUUUAGAAAUGGCUCCUCAUUAUGACGUAGCUCCAUUCCUCUGGAACAAACCGUGGAAUAGUAACAUAUUGGAAUGCCAUAAGAUAAUGUGGUGGUGUAUACUAUCUAAGGCCCUCCCUAUUCGCGCUAUUCUUUCUAAGAGAUUCCAUUUAGAGGAUGUAGCCUGCCCCUUAUGUGGGGGUGGUGAGGAAACUUUGGAGCACUUAUUUCUGACUUGUAAUUGGGCAUUUCAUUUGUGGUGGUCGUUCCCGUGGGGUAUUUUUCCCAUUUCUAAUUCUGGCAUUCGUUUGUGGGAUUGA